CAUUCAUUACGAAUAUUAUAUACAUAUAUCAAUUAUAAUAUAGUGAACUUUGGAAUUUCACAAUUUUGUUUCAUUGAAAUUUGCAGAAACAUCUCUAAUUAUUUUAACUAAUUUGUUGGGGUGAAUGAAGGGAAUUUCGUAAACAAAGCUCGCUCUGAUAAAGAGGAAUUCCCAGGCCAUAAAGAGGACUUGCUGCCUGAUCAUAAUUAUAUUAAAUCGAAGUCAGAAUUCAGUGAAAAUGGGCGAAAAUGUAAAAGUUGCCGUCAGAGUUCGACCAUUCAAUGAACGUGAAAAGAAUUGUAAUGCAACAUGUAUUAUCGAGAUGAAUGGAAAUUCUACUCUGAUCAAAGAUCCAAACAACCCUACACAAAAACCACGACAAUUUACGUUUGACCACUCAUACUGGUCACAUGAUGGGUUUAAAACAUUAGAAAAUGGAUACUUGGAAGCGGAGGGAAAGAAAUAUUCAGAUCAGAAAAUGGUGUUUAAUGAUCUCGGUCAAGGUGUGCUAGACAACGCAUGGAAAGGUUACAACUGCUGCUUAUUUGCAUAUGGCCAGACAGGCAGUGGAAAGUCGUACUCUAUAGUUGGUUAUGGAGCAAAUAAAGGGAUUGUACCGAUUGUGUGUGAGGAGCUAUUCAAAGGUAUUGAAACCAAGAAAGAAAAAGCUGACAAAUCUAAAGAAGAGGAGUUCCAGGUAUCUAUUAGUAUGAUGGAGAUUUAUAAUGAGCAAGUUAGAGAUCUGCUGAAUGCCAAGGGUUUUAAAGUCAAAGGGGGAUUAAAAAUUCGGGAACAUCCAGACAAAGGAUUUUAUGCUCAGUCACUGAUUAAAGUUCCAGUGAAAAGUUACGAAGAUAUUAAUGGAAGAAUUAAUGAAGGAACUAGAAAUAGAACUAUAGCAUCAACAAAGAUGAAUGCUACCAGCAGUCGAGCUCACACAAUCGUAUCCAUCACCUUCGCCCAGAAAGGUUUAAACGAUGCAGGAAAAAACAUGACAAAGACAUCCAUAAUCAAUCUAGUUGAUCUCGCUGGCAGUGAAAGGGUUGACAGCAGUGGUGCAACUGGAGAUAGAUUAAAAGAAGGAACCAUGAUCAAUCAGUCCCUCUCUUCUCUGGGAAAUUGUAUAAAGGCUUUAGCAGAUUUGAGUGCUCACAAAAAAACCUUAGUUCCCUACAGAAAUUCUAAACUUACAAUGCUGCUGAAGAAUGCUUUAGGAGGAAACAGCAAAACAAUUAUGAUUGCUGCAAUUAGUCCAGCUGAUAUUAACUUUGAUGAAACUCUGUCUACUUUACGUUAUGCGGACAGAGCAAAGUCUAUCAAGACUAAGGCUGUAGUGAAUGAAAGUCCUACAGACAAACUUAUUAGAGAAUUGAAGGAGGAGAAUGCACGUUUGAUGGAAGAGCUAGAAAAGAGUAAACAGGGCGGAGGGGGUAUCACAGAAACUGCAACAAUAAUGCAAGGCUUUACCGAAGCAGAGGUUGAGCAAAUGAAACAUGACCUAAUGAUGCAGCUGAAACAGAAUGAAGAUGAGAUGGAUGCUGUAAAGAAAACAUGGGAACAGAGGCUGUCAGAGGCUAAUGCUGCUAAUAAGGAAAAACUUGAGCAAGAGAGACAGAAACAGGAGGAGAUCAAAGUGACACCGCAUUUCUGGAACCUGAAUGAGGACCCGGCACUUACUGGUAUCGUGGUCCACUUUGCUAAGAAAGGGGUUUCUAGAAUUGGUAAUGAUAAGGCUAAAGUAGUGCCUGAAAUUGUAUUGUCAGGUCUCAGUAUCCAGGCAGAACAUGCUGUUGUGAGUAAUGAUAGGAACUGUGUAAAGCUUACCGUCCAGCCUGGUGCUAAAACUCUAGUUAAUGGAAAAGAAACUGUAGGAGAAGUUGAGCUUCACCAUAAUGACCGUAUCAUGUUUGGUUCCAAACAUCUAUUUGUUUUCCAUCACCCACAAGAUUUAGCAAAACAUAAACAGAAACCAGAAAUUGUAACGCCAGUCACCUACGACCAGGCACAAAAGGAAAUUGCUGCAAAUUCUGGGUUCGAUAUGCAACAUGGUCCAGGAAAAUCCAAAGAGGAGCUUUUGUUACAGGAGGACCUAAUAGAGAUAGUUCCCAUGGUUAGUGAAGUGAAUGCUAUGAGUGAGGAACUGAAGAAGAAUGUUCGAUUCCAAAUUGCACUCAUCUCCCCAAAGGCCAGAGGUCUCAAGAAUGGCCACACUGAGGUUAUGAUCAUCAUGAAGAACAUAGAGAAUGAAAAUGAAUUUUUAUGGAACAAGGACAAGUUUCUAAACAGAAGAUAUCUGAUGCAAGAGAUGUACCAGGACUUUGUUGAAGGUGACAAAGACUGGGAUAGAGAAAAGGAAAUGGAUCCAUUCUGGGAGCCUCCAGAUACUGAGAUUGUCGUAGGAAAUGCCCACAUCUACCUCCAGCCUCUUGGAUAUCAGAUUGAGCUAGAAGAAACUGUCUGGAUAACAGACUACAGGGGCAAUGAGCAGGGUCAUUUAAGGGUUGAGAUUUAUCCAUGCCGAAAGGAUGGCUCGGAGCUUCCUGAUGAAGAUUUCGUAGAUGAUCCAAAAGAUUUGAUUGGCAAAGAAGCGCAUUAUAAGUUGAAGAUUCCUUAUGGCAGAGGAUUACCGGUUAGGAUUGCUAAGAGUUGUUGUAAGUUCCAAUUUUAUAUUGAAAACGCCAAAUCGGAAACGAAGGAGAUCAGUGGUACACGUAACCCAGAAUACUGCUACGAACGCAUCAUACAUUUCAAUCCCGUGACACAAAAGCUUAUAGAUUACCUAGCUACAGAAAUGUUGGUAAUACAAGUUGCUGGGCGACAAAAGGAAGGAGGUACACAGAGAGUUGGCCGUGCUAAACAAAAAACCUCUGCCACGAGCAAAUCAAGUAAUUCUGAAGAGAAUGAUGAAGAUAAGUACAAGUUAAUGGUUGAUUUAAAUACAGAGAGAAAGAAGGUUGAAAAACUACAACAAAGACUUCACAAACUUCACGAUGUUAUCCAAACAGCAAAGGAAGAAAAACGUGAAACUCUAUACAUUAAAGAAGUGGAAGACAUUUUGCACUCUGGCAAUAGUCUGGUUAAGUUCCGAGCAGUGGGAAGGAUUGUGGGAAUGAAUGAAGUCGCCAAGAAGAAGGGUGACGGGAGGACUACAAGUGCUGCAUGUUCACUACAAUAAAUGAUGAUAUAUUGAUUUAUAGUUUGUAUAAACAUCUGUCCACAUUGUGAAAUUUGAUGUGAUUUGUCCAUAUUAUGUGAUGUGACAUCACAAAUCCCAUAUGUGAGCAAACCAUACUUAUUUGUCACAAACUUCAUAGUACAAACAGAGCUCAUUCUGGUUAAAAGGUUGGCCUGCUCUAUUAGAUUCAUUUCAUAAUUUUUCUAAUUUAAUCUGUCAUAUAGCAAUUUGGAAAAUAUAUAUUGAAAGUGUUUGAAACUAUUUAUAUUGUCUUUCGAUAUAAGCAUUAACCAAAUCAGUUUUAUGUGAAUUUUAAAAUAUUUUGUAUAUGUGCAAGUAAUAUAAUUACUUAAAUUUUUAUUGUUUUAGGAGUGUUGUUGUUUUGUGGUUGUGGCUUACCUUUCCAUUCCAGGGUCUUGGAUUCAAUUCCUGUCACUGUAACAGGAUAAAAAACAUCUUGUGUGUAUAUUUGUUUUGUGAAGGUAUAUGCCACUUUGAAUAGUGACUAAGUUCACUGCUUGACAGUCCUUGGACUUCAGCCUAAAACCAGUUAAUGAAAUAAUAAACAAUAUCGGAUCUAUGUUUUGGAAAACCAUCAAUCAUUUUCGUAUAGAAAACGAAUACUGUAUUUAUCUUAAACAUAUUUUAUCAAUUUCCCGACCGAUAAAUCUAUGAUCAUGGUAUAACAGUGACGUAAUACAACAGGCCGGGUGAAGUAAAAUAUAGUGCUUUAGAGAUCAGUUGAGAUAUUUAUUAACACAAGUGUAGUUCACACCGGAAUAUUUACACAAAACUGCAGUAAUUGAAGUACAAUAAUAUUGGUAAUAAAUAAUCCACCUAGGCGCAUGAUGAAUUAAACUAUGAUAAAGGCUGAGAAUGCUUGACUGAUUUUCAAGUGAAUGGUAAUGGAACUUUUCAGAUGAUGUGAAUAUUCGGAUAAUCUGGUUCUUAUCUGUUAAUCUUGCAUAGAACACGUUUCGUGAAAGGGGGAGUUAAAAACAAGUCUGACUUCUCAUUUUGAUACAUCAUAGUGUGUUCAUGUUUUGUUUGUUGUGAUAUAUAUUAGUGAUUUAUCUAUAAAAUAUAUACAUAGUAGUUUAAGAAUGCAGUCAGCCCAGUGAAGUUUAUUUGUGGGUUAGGAUUAUUUUGCUUCCGUAUAAAUCGAGGGUUCGACAGGAAUCACGUUGUGUUGUAAAAUUGAAAUGAAUAUUCAGCAUUACAAAUUGUAUGUAGUUUCAUAUGGCCGCGUGUACAGGACAAUAUAUGACUGUGAGCGCGUACAGGAUCAUGAAUGGGGCUAUGGUGCAUCACAUAAUAGAAAUAUUGGAACUUAAAAUGUUUACAUAGUGUUGUGGGCCCACGUAUAAUAUGUGGUUGUUCUUCAUCGUUUGCACUUAGAAUGAUUUUGGUUCUAUAAAUCCGAUCUUUUGUCAACAACAACAAACGUUUAAAAUGAAUAGUGAUCGACUGAACAGUAUUGUAUCUGAUUGUUCUGGUCUAAUGUACGCUAUUGGGGUCUGAAUAUCUUUUGUUACAAUAGUAAUACAGUAUUAUGACAUACACUUGUACUGUGUAUUAGAACGCCUUAAUUGUCUCAAUCAAGGAGAUAUGCCUGUAGGCGUUUAAAUACAAUAUCUUGUCAUAUAUACAAUUGAACUUCGGUGAAGUCUCACCGUUUCGAGAUAGACCUAGAUCCUAGAUAAGAAUAUAUCGAAAUAAUAUUUCUUUAACGCAUGCUGGUUGAAUAAAUUAAAGGCUUGCCAAGCUGCAAUACAAAGUUGAAAUUCA